AUGGCUUACCUUGGGUUGAUGAAGUUUAAGAGAGCUGUGAAUUGUUUAAACGAACUAGUUCUUGAGACUCUACAUUGUAAUCCGCCUGAAGAAUUAGAUGAGACUUCAUCUAAAUCAGCGAAUAAAAAUAAGAAGAUAUUUCUUCUGGAUGAAGAUAAUAAAGUAGAUAAUCCCAUAAAAGAUGAUGAUACCAAAAAAGAGGAGCGCAGGAACUUUAUAGAAUUUCUUCUUAGAGCAGGACUG